UCCGUUUAAUAACAGUAGCUGCAGAUGAUAGCUAUAGAUAGGAUACAUUCAAGCUCCAGGUCGAAACCAUUGAAUCGGAAAGUUCUAUUAUGGUGCGAAUGUCGUGGGACAGGAUCUGGCGGUCCACACACGCACAAUUUGCCCGAACGGGAAGAUCGAUAUUAUGUAUCAGGCCGCGAUCUAUUGACAUUUCGAACGUCAACCAUUUCUUUUGUAUAAAGCCAAUAUCGUGGUCCAAAUCGGCUCGCGUAUAUAAUAUACGUUACAUAUUAGACUCAGUUUUUGAGAUCUUAACUUGAAUCCUAGAGGCCAGCAUAUUCUGCUGAAUCGUCCAAGGUCUGACCCCCCUCUAGUUGUAUAUGGAGCAUACUCCAAAACAAUAUCUCCCCCGAUUAUUCC